UCUUUCAACACCAGAUAUGGGUCACUCCAGUUCUUGGCUACACAUAUUUUCCUAUUGGGGGCAGAGACUCCUCUAUCUUUCCAGGUUGCUCGAGGGGGGUUGACAGCAGUGAGGGACAAGUUGGAAAUGAUGAGAACAACUCCGGCUGAAAGGGAAUCGAUGGUAAUACCUAAGGAGUUCGAAAGAGUCCUCAAUCCCAAAAAAGUGUUGUUCAAGGGAUGUAGAAAAGGAAAGGCAAAAAAACAACAGAAGAAAAAGAAGAGGAAGUGUGGGAGAUGCGGUAGAAGGGACGGUCAUUAUAUUAAGACUUGUCCUGAACCCGAAGGCUACGUGCCGCCAGCUAGAGAAUCUUCGUCUGAUGAAGAGGAUGACGACGAUGAUAUGGAUUUUGCGGACAAUGAUGGAGGUGAUGAGGGAGGUGAUGAUGGAGAUGAUGACGAUGACCAAAGUGGUCGGCCCCAAAAGAAUGAACGAACGAGCAACCACGAUGCUGAUGUAGAG